AUGGGUCGUAUGCACAAUCCAGGAAAGGGUAUAUCGCGUUCUGCUCUUCCAUAUCGACGUUCUGUUCCAACUUGGCAAAAGUUGACUAGUCAGGAUGUUGAGGAACAAAUCGUUAAGUUGGCUCGCAAAGGUCUUCGCCCAUCUCAGAUCGGUGUUAUUCUUCGUGACUCUCAUGGUGUGGCACAAGUUAGACGUAUCACUGGUAACAAGAUUGUUCGUAUUCUUCGAUCAAAGGGAAUGGCACCAGAGAUUCCUGAAGAUCUCUAUCAUUUAAUAAAGAAAGCUGUCAGCAUUCGUAAACAUUUGGAGCGUUUUCGCAAGGAUAUCGACUCCAAGUUUGUUUUUCUUAUGAUUGUAUUGUUUUACUUUUCUAUUAUUUUCAGGUAUCGUCUGAUUUUGGUUGAGUCUAGAAUUCAUCGCUUGGCUCGUUACUGCAAGACCAAACGUAUGCUUCCACCGACAUGGAAAUAUGAAUCAUCUACUGCUUCAGCUUUGGUUUCAUGA